AUGACAAAUGUGUUUUCGAGCACGGUGGGCGUGCUGUUUCUAGAGCGAAAGAAAAGCCUUGUCAAGGAGCGGAGCUGGAGUGCAUGGCGUGGGCUUGCGCGAAGGCACCCACCGGUGUCGGAGCUAGCCUCGCUGGCUAUUGCGAUUUGCAGCCAGUACGUCGAGGCGGACGAGCUGGAAUGGCUGGUCUUGCGCUGCAGCAUGUUCGCGUGA